GUUGCCGCUCUUGAAGAUAUGCUCUGCGAGCUGAAGAAGCAGUCUGGCAAGCCUGCACCAGAACUGCUGAAUGAAUACUCUCGCAAAGUGGACUUCCUAAAGGGACUUUUAGAAGCUGAAAAAUUGACUUCAUCAACUGAAAAGGCUCUGGCAAAUCAAUUCCUGGCCCCUGGACGUACCCCUACAACCACCAAAGAGAGAACCCCAGCUACUAAAACAGUUCAUCUCCAGACAAAGGCUCGUUGCACAGGCAAGAUGAGGAGUGAGCUGCUUGGUACAGAUCCCUUGGCUAUUGAUGAUUCUGAGGAGUUAAACAUAAGGAAGCGGAAAGGCCUUGUGUCCAAUGAGAAGCAGUCAGCAGUCGAGCUGGAUGCUGUGUUACAGCACCAUCAGGAUAUGCAAGAGAAGUUAGCUGAAGAAAUGCUAAGUUUGGCUCGCAGUCUCAAAAACAACACUCUGGCUGCGCAGAAUGUGAUAAAACAAGAUAACCAGACACUAUCGCAUUCUCUUAGGAUGGCAGACCAGAACUUUGAAAAGCUCAAGGAUGAAUCUGACCGCCUUGAACAGCAUGCAAAGAAAUCAGUCAACUGGCUAUUAUGGAUAAUGUUAAUUGUCGUUUGUUUUAUAUUCAUCAGCAUGAUUCUCUUUAUCAGAAUUUUUCCCAAACUGAAAUGAUUUUUUUUUUUUUAACUGCCAGAAGUGCAGUUGGAAAGCUCAGCUGGUAUGGUAACUGUCAGCCAUUGAUUUCUUUGCCAUCUAUCAUGUCCUUCAAGAGGCUGUCCAAGGCCUCCCCUUGUAUCUUUCUUGUGCAGUUG